UGUUUAAUUAAUACGCCAAGUUCACAGGCCCGGAUGGCAACUUCCCAUCUUUGAACAUAAAGAGAAAGAGAAAUCUUGUCAAUCAUAGAUAGAAUGGUGAUACGAAACUGGGUUUGUUUGGUCGAAGCAAACUUCAGGAUUGGUGGAAAGUAUAUAAAUACGAGCAGUGGAGUGCGUUACAGCCAUCCGAAUCCGCUGAGCACAACUAUACCAACGAUAAAUCACCACAUCUGGAGAUGGCUUUUAUGUGGAUUGUGUGUUUGGCGCUUGCGUCUCUUGCCUCAAGCUACGUCUCAGCUGAGGAAGGAACCAUAGACUGUGAUUUCGAGUCGACUGACAUCUACGCCUGCGGCUACACCACCGACGACGCCCCCUACAGCCAAGGCACUGCCUACCCAUGGUUCCGCCGUGCUAAGUAUACCUGGUCCUCCGGCACCGGCCCCUGGCUCGACCACACUUUGCAAACUGAGGAGGGACAUUUCAUCUACCUGGAGGCAUCAUACCGUGGUGAAGGCUUCAAGGGGAACCUGACCAGUGUCGAGGCAAAAAGCUCCGCCGAAGGAAGCUGCCUGUCCUUUUGGUACAGCAUGUGGGGAGCAGACAUGGGUACUCUCAACGCCUACACCGCCUCAGCGGACCCUAAUGGCCCCCUGGGCGAGAUCAGAUGGACCCGAUCUGGACCGACGGAGAAGAACAUCUGGUACCCGGCUAGCUUCAACAUCGAACCGAAUAUGCUGUUCCGGCUGCGUUUUGUUGGAAUUGUCGGCAAAUCUCACCUGAGUGACAUGGCGCUUGAUGACAUCAAGAUGACGGACGGUCUAUGUGAAAGCACUGAGGCUUAAUUCAACUCUGCGAGAUUCAACGGCAUGGACAACUGGAUUGUUGGUCAACUUGCGGAUUUUUCCCCAGAUAAUUUGCUCCAAAUGAGUUUGUUCGAAAGAAUAUUGUCAAACCUCGGGUGGUUGCUUGCUCCGAUCUGAAUUGGCUUAAACAAACACACAGUACACGUACCAACGAUUUAGUUUAAAAACUAAAGCUCACUAUUUUCAACUCUCCAAUUUUCGAUAACAAAAUUUGAAAAGACAUGUGACGGUAACUAAAAGUUUGAUUUGAUAUGAACUUGAGAACAGUUGUAGUAUCCUACUUUAGUACUUUUGGUCCAAAAUAAAUUCAAACAAACCCGAUUUUAACUCAUCUACCAUCGAUACACUUAAUUACAAACAACUAUAAAGUUUUCCAGUUGGUAUCAGACUUUGAAAACUUUAGCCCUUUUUGUUUCUACAAAACGCCUUCAUAACUAUGCAUCUUAAAAUGUUCGCGAGAGUAAACCUCCAAAAUAUGCCCCCUUGUUUAGACAUAUACAUGUACUUAUUUUAUUGUAAUGUAUUUCACCGAGA